UCCAUUAUUGUGCGUCCAUCUAUCCAUUCCAUUCCCCAACACCAACCAGACGGACCAGCCAAAGAUUUGAAUUCCGCAGAACGAAACGGAACAAACCCACCCAUCCAACCCAUACAGCCCAGUUUCCUUUACCUUCCGCCGGCUUCUACUUUUCCGCCAUAAACAAUUUUAAAGGUUCGAUUCCCCUUAGUCGGAUUCGAUUCUCGAGUUCGUGUUUGUUUUCCCCCAUUUUAAUCGGAUUAGUUUACUGCCGUCCGGUCCAACCUUAUCGUCUCUGAGAUUUCAAAUUCCGCGCCAUUUGUAUAAUCCAAAGGUAACCGUUCCCAGAAAACCCUAAUCCCCCCUGAGCCGGAUUCGGGGUUCCUCAGUUCUUACCCAAUUCUUCGGGGAGGGGUUUAAUUAGAUCCAAUUAUGCCUUCCGGGCAGAAAGCUGGUCCGAAUCCGGCGGCCAUGCUCUCUUCCCUUGUGGCAAAGCGGGAGAAGCUGCAGGAGGAGCUCCGCACCAUCGAGAAACAGGUGUACGAGUACGAAACCAGCUACUUGCAAGAUUCGAGCCAUUUCGGGAAUAUGCUGAAAGGUUUCGAAGGGUUUCUGUCUUCUUCAAAGAAUUCCUCCAACUUAAAGAGAUCUAGGAAACUGCAGGCGGAAGACAGACUCUUCUCGUUAUCUUCAGUUACCUCGCCAGCAGCUGAAGAACUUGGGAUUGGCCGUGAUGAUGGAAGAAUUGAUCUUGGUUCAAAUCGGGCUAAAGGAGGAAUCUUGCCAGCAAAUGGGCAGGGGAAGCCAAAGAAGGGAAGAACACCAAUGGGAACUAGAGAUGCAAAGAAACUCAGACCAACAAAUGAAGCAGAAUUCGAUGAGGAAGAUGAACCCCUAUGAGCUUCAAAUGAUAAAUUGGAGACUUGUGAUUCAAUCAGCUUGGAUUUGUGUGUGCAAACUAAUUGUAGCACUGUAACUUGUGGAGAGCUAUCUGUUGAAGUGUUGUAAGUUGUAACUUAUGUACACAAUCUUGGUAUUGAGCAGUAUUCUGAGGAACAUUCUAGGUUCAAAUGUACAGAUCAACUAUCUAGCUGCUGCAAAAUGAUAGUGUAGCUCUUUGCCACUGGUUUAUAACCACCAGUUUUAUUAAUUUGAGUUGAGUAAAACUGCGAAGAGCGUAGAACUCUUCAUAUCAACUACAAUUGAAUCUCCAUAUCUCAAACACAAGAUUGCUUAUUCUAGUUGAAUGCUUGCUUUUUCUUUUCGUUCUUCCAAAUUAGUAGCUGAAUACUUGGUAGUGGUGAUAGGGAAGCUGUAUCUUUUGUCUGUUGCAGGUAAAUCCAGAGGACUUCCAAUCUAGGAAGGACUGAAUUGGCUCUCCAGCACAAUUGCUAGCAAGGCUAGAGGAUCUUUCUCGGGAGGUACCAUAGUGAUUAGCAGUGCGGUAAAAACAUUCGAGAGAAAGAUGAAUCUGAAACCCCAGGGUGUGUGCUAAGUCAGAAUCUGCAACAGAAACAAAGUUUUGAUAUCAGUUUCUGCGUGGCUCAUUGACUCGACAAAUAGGUGUUGGAAUUGUGGCCUUCAUCACUACUUUGGAGUACCAAACUGUUUGCAUCAUCUUAUCAGUUCCCUUGCCCUUGCUCCCGGUGGAUGAUCAGCUGGUAAUUUGGCAGUAUAACAAUCUGACGCCUGCAUAGUCAAGUCCGGAUGUCAGCCAAUUUAUAUACGAGCUUCACCCCGCCAUUACAUGGCUGCAUUUGU